AUGCGCGUCACGGCUCUCCCAGUCUUCCUUUACUCCUUGUCCCUCGUGGCUGUGGUAGCAGGUCAAAGUGCACAAGUCACAAACACGGAUCUGUCAGACGUCACGGACGUUUUGCCCACGCCCACCGAAACAUCCGCGACAGAUACGAAUAGUGAUUCAUCUGCAACUGAAACUGAAGACCCUACUUCGACAUCAACAGAGGAGGAGCCGACAUCGACCCCAAGUGAAACGUCCACCUCAGACGAAGACACUUCCACCACUACGACGGAAGACCCUACGACAACAACGGAUGAUCCUACUUCAACCGCUGAUGACAACACUACUACUGCUGACCCGACUACCACUACCACUAGCGCAUCCGACGACGACGAGCCAUCGACAACUAAAACUCCCACUGUGAGCACCAUCACAACAACACAGACCAUUGAUGGAACCCCGGUUCCUACCACAUUUACUAGCACAGAUGCCAAUGCUAGUGAAUCUACCGAGUCUCCUGGGUUGAGCGGGUCGUCUUCUGACGAUUCUGACUCCGGCCUUUCCUCAGGCCAGAAAAAGACCAUCAUCGGUGUUGUCGUAGGUGUCGGUGGUGCUAUCUUGAUCGGUGCCAUUGGUGUUGUUGUCUGGAGAAUCCGCGCCCGGAGACGUGCUGCUGGAGAGGAUGACGCUGCCGAUCUUAUGAGCGGCACUGCUGUCGGCACUGGUGUCCGCGAGAAGGCCCCCAGCCCUGCUGCUGGUGGCACUCCAUUUAGGUCCACGCUUGACCAGUACCACAACCCCGGCCCCGUUAACGCUGCGUCAAACUUUUAA